ACCAUCUUCACACUACGAUGGGCUUCUUCAGCCAUCCAGUGUGUCUGGUCUUGUCGGCGUUGGCGGGUGCCGCCGCACCUCCACCUACAUACACACCGAUACCCACUCCCGUGGCCUGGCUGCCCAAGCCAGUACGGUCCAUCCAAGCUCGUGUGCAAAGCUCCAAGCCUGAAUGGAACGCUGCCAACAGCGUUUGGGUGUCCAACUUUCCCAAGCUGAGCCAAAAGUUCGAAGACAAGUGGAGCGCUUCCUUGGACACGGUCAACACUGCCAGCGUCGAAGGCGCGCUGUUCUACGUGCAGACCGAGGGCAUCUCGCGCGACGUGGAUCAAGGCUGCAUGCGCAAGACCAACAUGUCGUACAUUUGGUUCUACGACAUCACGUAUGCCAACCCGUACUUUGCCACCGCCGAGUACGACUUGGACGGAGGGUUGGCGCCUGGUUAUGGCCGCUUUGUUGCAAUGGACAACGGCAAGUGCACGCCCAAAGUCGAGCCCAACCCGCCGGACGAGUGCCUGCAGUUCGGAGGGUACAACCGGCAGCCCAACCUCGGGCCGUACGUUGGCGGCGAGCCCCGCACCAAGCACGACCGGGCCAACUACCCCGAUAACUACUGGUUCUCGUACCCUGGCUCGUGCUACUUGAAACCAUUUCAAGAAAAGCAAACUGAUCCAACCUGCGCGGCCAAGCAAAAGGGCGGCAUGUGUCCGCGCGGCGUCCUCCCCGACGGCGAGCUCUGCACAUAUUCGUUCGAAGUGCUGGGGUACAUCAGCAUCGACGACCUCGUGGGGAUCACGAGCAUGCCAGUCAAGGAAGGCUCGGUCGAAACGUUCAAAGACCGGACUGACUUUUGCAAACGUGGUGGCAUCGAAUUCGAUUUUGCCGACCCAAACAACAGCAUCGUGCAGUUUUGGAACGACCCGCUUAACGUCACUGCCAACCAAGAACGUUCGGCGAAAAUGAUCGACAUGUACGCCGCGCUUGUGAAAGAAGCCAAGGGCGACGCCAACAUAUUCAAACCGUUCCCCGAGGUCGUGAAAUUGACUGCAGAUAACCCCAAGUGCUGGGAAAUCAGCCCCCGAUGCGCCAAUGCCGCCUAUGGAUGCCGCCGGAAGCUCCUCGCCCAAGUGUGCGAAGUGUGCACGUCCCCCGAUCCGGAUUGCGUGCCCAAGCCGAAAGAAGCCGCGGGCAUCCCGCCCCUGGUCAAGCAGUACCGCCCCCCCGCCUCCGCGGACGCCCCCAAGUCCCCCGGUGCCCCGGCGUCUCCCAAUAGCCCCCAAUCCGGGGAUGCCGGCACCUCCAAUGCCUCGUCCCCUGCUACGAAUGCUGGGGUCACAGGAUCGUGGUUGAAGUUGUUGGCCUUGUUUGUCGUCGUGCUCGUGUAACUCACGGCCACAACACUCUAAUUAUACCACCUUUCACACUC